AUGAAGGAGAAGGGUAAAGGCGAGGAGCAAAGGGAUGAGGUCACUUCUGUUAAGGAUUUAGCUACUGCCUUUGCUACCAUUUCCAUCUUCAUGGCAUCCUUGAGUGCAACAUUCUUGCAGUAUGCACAAGGAUCGUUUAAUGCACGACCUGCAGGAACUCCUGACAAACAACCCGAUCAUGUUGUAGAAGCCUUUCCUCUCAUAUCAAUUUCCCUGUCUCUUGGGUCAACCUGCAUUUUGGGGUUUGCCAGUGUUGCUGCUUCAAAUUUUCUCAGGAAAUCAUCAGGAUUCACCCCACUACUAGUUGCUACUGGGAAAGUAGUCAGACACUGGCAUGUAUCUACAAGAUAUAACAAUACUCUGGCUGAAACUGCUGAUGGCCGUGGCAGUGAAUACGACCAUCAACAAUCAACAAUACAUGCAGAAGACUAUGUUAUACGCUCCAGGGAGUUGGUGGACUUAUCCAUAUUUCCGCUUACCUACUCUGCCACAACAUUCCUUGUGGGAUUGUCAGUAUUUGUCUGGGCCGAGCAGUCACGAAGUGUAUCAAUCUCAUUAACAGUAGCACUUUUCAUGGUCUUAGCUCUUGUUAGUAUUACAGACUUCCCUACCUCAAAUCCAGAUGGUAGAUCUAGACAGAAGGAUACUGGAAGCAAGCAGGAGGUUGGAAAUAGGGAGGAGGAUGGAAGGGAGAAGCCUGGAAUCAACGGUUAA